GUUUAUACUGCUGUGUUUUGGCACUCAUUUACUAUUUGGAUAAAUUCUCGCUUAGUUUUUGGAUUCUCGUUAUCUAUUAUGUUCUUGUUGGCACUUUCUUAAUAAUGAGAAUAUUAGAUAAUAGGUCUCACUUGUUGUUAUAGAAGGUUCUGGUGAGAAGGCAUUCUGCGCUGGUGGUGAUGUACGUUUUAUUGCAUCUGCUGUCCAAAAAGGAAGUAUUGCUGCUCAAGAAUUCUUUCGUAAAGAGUACCAAUUAAAUCAUCUUAUUGGGGUAAUGACCAAACCAUAUAUUGCUAUUUUGAAUGGAAUCACAAUGGGUGGUGGUGCAGGAAUAUCAGUACAUGGAAGGAGGAACUACAGUGAACAAAAUGGACUCUUUCAUCUUUGUCCGUAUGAAAAGUAAUCAGCCAUGAAACGUUGCAUCGUAUCUCUUAUACCACAAGGUAUAUACAGUUAUGGCCACAAAUUCGACCAGGAAAAUGUCGGAAUAAUGGAUAAAGGAAACCCAAAGAAAGUUAGAGAACUUUUAGAUGACACAGCAUUAGCCUGGGAAUUGGUUGAUUAUCAAGAUCAAGUGUGGUAUUUUAAAUUGAGUGAAUCGACAAGUCUAAUUACAUUCAUUAUUUUUGCAUAUCGUAUAGCUACGGAAAAAACAGUUUUUGCUAUGCCUGAAACAAUGAUUGGUUUUUUUCCUGAUGUUGGUGGUGGCUAUUUCCUACCACGACUUCCUCAUCCAGGACUUGGUUUAUUUUUAGCACUAACUGGAUAUAAGUUAUCUAGUAUGAAUACUGUAUGGGCCGGUAUUGCUACACAUUUUAUUCAUUCUAAAGAUUUAUCAAACUUCAAAAAUGUACUAAUGAAUCUUGAAUUAAAAUCUACAUGUAGUCCAGAUGAUAAACCAGAAUUUGAUUAUGCUAUUGACAAAGUAAUAAAUCAAUUUAGUAGUUAUGUGCCUAGUUAUUACCAUUCUUCAGUAUCCAAUGAUCUUCUAUAUAUUUUAGACGAUUUGUCAAAAAUAUUUUGCUUUUAUAAGAAUAAUGAUGAUGGCGGUGAUCAUGAGAUUCCAGUCACUAUGGAAGAUAUCCUUAUAAAAUUAUCUAAAUGUUAUCAGAAUAUAGAAAAUCAUGAGAAAGUCAUUCAUUGGGCUAAACAAACUUAUGACAAAUUAUUGAGUUGUUCACCUACUUCAUUAAAAGUUACAUUACGUCAAUUACAGAUUGGUUCUAAAUUAUCGUUUAGUGAUGAAUUUAAAAUGGAAUAUCGCCUAUCACAAAAAAUGACUAGAAAUCCUGAUUUCUAUGAAGGUGUUCGUGCUUGUCUUAUUGAUAAAGAUAACACAGCAAAAUGGAAUCCAAAUAAUCUUACCUCAGUAGAUAUGAAUCAAAUUCAAUCAUAUUUCAAUCAACUACCGGAAAAUGAUGAAUGGAGACCUGAAUAGUUUCUUCUAAUCUAUCCUGCAUUGUUGCUAUAACGGUUGUCUUUUUUUAAAAUAAAAAUCUAAAUUCAAAAACCGUACACGUUUUUUUCAAGAAGGAAAUGAAAUAUGCUGGGCUGGACCAAAUACUAAGCAACAGUUGUUGACGGGAGUUUUUUAUUGGUGAAGAUCUGGCUAAAGUUCCGCAGGAAAUGGACAAACUUUUGCUUAAUAUUCUGUGGGAGAUAGACACAUAUUUAUGGAUGGUUUGUGCCUAUUUUUUCAAUCCGGUUAGGUAUCAAAAACUCCCUACUCUUGAUUCUAUCACCUAAGUAGGUAAGCUCACAUACGGGAGUCGUAUACAUCAGUACAAGACAUGGAUGACCUCGGAAUGUAGCAAUUAUCUCUGGCUUUAUAUCUUACAAAUACAAUGCUAACUUUUGGUAAUCUAUCAUGAACUUUUUUUAAUAACUGUAGUGGGAAAAGAAGUAAAGUAUUUUGGUAAUGUUUAAGAUUCGAAAUAAUUACGUGUUCAGCGCUGUAUUUAUUUCAUGAUAAUUCGCUGACAAUUUUUGCAUUGAAAUCUUGAGAUAUUUCAGCAAUGGGCACCUACGUCACCGUACUAAUAGCCUCAUCAAGGAUCGGGCAAAAGACCAUAUCGUCAACUUGUCUAAAUCAACAGUGAACAAUUCUGAUAAUUAAAAUAACUGGGUUAAGUGGGCGUCAUUUAUAAUAGCUUGGUAGUAGUUUGCUUCCUUUGUUCUUUCUUUCGUUUGCCUGGUGAAUAGUUAGUCAUUAUUUAAUCAGCAUUGAUGGAUCAGAUGUGCCACCAAGUUGGACUUAAACUAGCUAAGGAGUCAUAGGAUUGAGUGACUUUCGUGCACAAAUGAGUAAGUUGAAUAGCUACUUUUACUUGACGCUGUCUCAGUUCCAAGGUUUAUCACGUUUCUAAACAAGUAUUUUAAAAAUACCAUACAGUGACGCACGUUAUUCAUUAUUUAAGUGAGUAAUAGUGUAUAUAUAUAACUUUAGGCCCUUGUUUUUUGUUCAUGAUUAACCACUUGCUGUGCCAUAAACGAUUUAUUCUGGUUGGACCUUGUACAUAAUAUGACACAUUUAUUUCGUAGACAUAAAAACAUACAUAUAAUCAAUUAUUCAUCCAGUGUCAGAAAACUUGAUUUGGUCAAUAUUUACCUAAUCUCGUUACCUCAAUUUUAUAUUGAUAAUUCGACUUUUCAACAGUAAUUUAAUAAAACACCAGUUGCACGAUAAGUGUUUUGAAUUCACGAUAUUGCAAAUCGAUUGUCGUUUGAUAUAUACACUACUGGUUGUCGGUUUGAACGCUAACCGUUCACAAGAGGGAGAAAAGGUCUUAAGUGUGGGGUCGUUGAUGUGGGCUAUUAAAGAGUCCUAUUCCGAGACACAGCUAUCCAUCUGUAGAACCCGGGUUUAUUCUUACUCCACAGAGAAUAGAGUAAGAUUGGGAAUAUAAACGCAGAGAACACCAAUUUAAUCACACGUGAUGGAGAAACGCUGAAAGAUGCGGCAUCAUCGAUGAGCAAGGAGGAUCUGAUGCAGAUGUGAAGGCAAGGAUUGAUAAAGCAAGGAUAGCAUUCCUAUAGUUGAAGAACAUAUGGAACUCAGUACAACUAACAGUCAACAUCAAUAUCAAAACCUCCAGUGAGAACGUUAAGACAGUUCUCAUGUACGGAACUGGAACUUGGGGAACUUCCGUAACCAUCAUCAAAAACGUGCAAGGUAUUUAUGAACAAUUGCCUAGGCAGGAUACUCAAUGUCCAUUGGCUGCAUACCAUAAGUAACAGUCUACUAUAGCAGAGAACAAACUGGAAUGUACAUCCCAGGAGAAUUCUGGUAGAUAGCCUAUGUCCUUCACAAGAGGUAACAAACGUACCUCCAGAAGAACCCUUCCACAGUGUGGGCAACCGGGAAGUGAUAACCGCCCUCAUACAUCUAACAGCACUCAAGACCACUGAAAUUCUUAAUAAAUAUCUAUUGCACAACCAAACAGAAUAUGGUAUGGUGUUUGAGCUAAAUUAAAAGAAAUACUUGCUCCUGAUGUAGGUUUUUUUGUUGGAAUAUUUGAUAUGAAUCAAUGAAUAUUCAAGGCUGUUUAUGUAGUUAAAUAAUAUUCUUCUAACUUUCUUAAUUUUAUUAACAAAAAGGUAGCAAAAUUUCAUUGUACCAUAUCUGAUGUCUGUUAUUGAUGUAAACUUUAACCCUAAUUCGUAAUUCAAACAUAUCACUUGAACUCAACGUCGUAAUACUAAUCAAAGUCUUCUACAUUUUAGCUGAUAUCUGUUUAUAACUAAAACUCUAUUGGAUUAAAACCCUAACUCACAACACUAACACGAUUCUUAAAAUAAAAAAAAACUUUUCUUUUGAUUCAAUAUGUUAGGGUUAAUUAGUUAUAUUGUACUAUAAUUUCAUUGUUAAUUGUUUUAUAACUAAACUGCUUUUUAACUGGUUAAUAAGUCGCUCAAAGUCUCC